AUGGACCCAUUGUCCCUGGCUGCCAGUAUUGCAGGGUUGGUCAGUCUUGGAGAUAUCGUUUUCAAAUAUGCUCUGCGGUACUGCAAGUCUGUAAAAGACGCCCCCAAGGAAGUGAACGAUCUAUUGAAUGAGAUCAAAGAUUUGACCCUCCUCCUACAUAAUUUGUCAAUGGUGGCCUACGGGCAUGGACUUCAGACGCAAACGAACCCUCAGAACCCUGCUACAGCACAUAAGCCACAUCACUUGCAUGAGUGUCAGCAACUGCUGAAUCAACUUGAAGACGGUCUGUCAAAGUUUGAGCAGAAAUCUGGACUCGACAAGGUACAGAGUCGCUUGAAAUGGCCAUUCACCACGAGUGUUACCAAGGAAAUGCUACAAGCUAUUGGCCGCCAUAAGCAAACAAUCAACAUCGCCCUUGGUGCGGAUUCACUUACCAAACUUCAAAUUUGCCUGUCACGACAAGAUGAAACCCUCAAAGAAAUCCAGGAGUUGAAGGUGGAGCAGGUGGGUCAUAUUGACAAGUCCCCCUUUGUUCACGCUUCCUGCUCUGGAAAUGAAACCAUCCUUAACCUCUUGAAAGACCAUCUCGGAGACCCCAGUGCGGAUGGACUGAUCAUGAACCACAAGGCUGAGCGGCAUAUGGAAUUUGAUCUAAUGCUGGCCAUAAGACAUGGCAAUGUCGACGCAUGCCAGAAGCUUCUUGAUCUCGGCUGCCCUAUAGAUAUCGAGAUAACGCCUGGGAAGGCAUCUGGGUUGGAACAAUCGGCAACACCAUUGAUGUUUGCAAUCUGUGAGCGAGCAAGUAUUGCUGUUGUCAAAUGGCUGCUCGAUAACAACGCUCAUGUUUCCGCUGUGUCCUGGAACAAGCUCAAAAGAUUUUACUGCAAUGGACUUAGUGCGGCUUUGAGGGAUUCAACGUUCAAUCCUCUCAUUCCGGUACUGGUCACGAAGUAUCUCGAGGAAAGGGGAAAGUUCCUAGCUCGGCAUGGAAAUUAUCUCUCUAUUGCUUUGGCCUCCCGAAACACACAAGGCUUGGCAAUUCUGCUUGACGAAUUCAGCAAGAACCACAAAGAUAUUGAUAUCUACACCAUGCUCAAUCCCACACUUGAUGAGAUGGACCCACAAGGUCCACUUCAUAUAGCGGCCGGGCUCAAUGAUUUGGCAGCUUUCAAAGCCCUGGUUGUUGCUGGCGCCGACAUUGAGCAGCUAGACUACAAUGGCUCAUCACCGCUCCAUAUUGCGGCCGCAGCCAAUGCCUUGUCGGUCGCAGAGUACCUUAUAUGCUCAGGUGCUCGCCUGAAUCCGAUAUCAUAUUAUUCCUCUACUCCCAUUCUCAAUGCAUGUCUGACUGCCUCAUCCCAAGUCAUACAACUCCUCAUAAAAAGCGGCGCAAACUACCAGGCCGUGAAUGACUUGGGAAGCAACUGUCUGACGCUCUUUGUCCUUACCAGACCUAUUAGAAGAGACCCAUUGAAUAUCAACGCGUUCAAGGCAUUACUUGAUGCUGGAAUCGACCUUUUUGCAAGAAACAAAUUCGGCCUCGAUGCGGCUCGCUCGAUUCUGAUUUCGGAUACACCAAUCUAUCUUUAUUACAUAUUGAACCAUUUCCCGCGGUUUUUCAACAAUAGAUCACUAUCGUGGGCAGCCAUCGAACUCCUUGGGGGGGCAAGUACACACAGCUUAUGCGCUUUAUUCCUAUCAAGAAAGCUGCGACUUAUUCGCCCUCUUCUGACCAUCAAGGAAUUUCUCGAUCUCUCCGAUCUCUCAAACCCUGGAAGACAUACAUUCUUUUGCUCAAGUGUAAUAUCAGGCUCCGUUGAAGCUGUACGAAACUUCCUCAAGUAUGGUGCCAAUAUCCAGCAUGCCUGUCCUGAUCACGGAACGCCUCUCAUUGCCGCAUUGACCUAUCGUCGCUUUGAUAUUGUCAAGAUUCUUCUUCUCAGCGACGCAAAGGCCUUUACAACUAGCUUCCUGGCAACCGAGGUCCACUUUAUGGAAUGCGAUGAGAAGAUCAAAAGGUGGUUACUGGUAGAACGGCACUAUGAACAGCCAAAGCUUGAAGAGAUGAGUUGGAAUACGAACCAUGUUCCUACAAAAGGAGCUGGGGUUGUUAUUGGUGAAGUUGAGAUAGAAUGGCAUUGGAGGAAAAAACAUGGUGAAUCUAUACUGGCAUAUGCGACACGCCGCCAGAGGUUGGUUCGAGAACUAAGAGGAACGCAAGUAAAUUUAGUUAGGAUAAUUUAG